AUGGACACACCUAGGGAAUCAAAGUCGUCGAAGCGGAUCAAGGCCGAGUACAGUGAGCUCAAACUCCGCCCUCACAACGGCAUCCACGCCGGUCCGACUGAUGAGAGAAAUGUUUAUGAGUGGAGCGUCAACAUCAAUGGACCUCCCGGAACGGCAUAUGAAGGUGCAGCGCUGCCAGGGAUCUUGACCUUCCCCAUGGAAUAUCCACUCCUCCCACCCAAGGUCAGACUUGUCGGCCAGGUCUUUCACCCCAAUGUCGCGCCGGAUGGAACAGUCGAGAUCCCAAUUCUGCAUGUGACGGGCGACGACCCCAGCCGCCACGACUCGGCACAGGAGAGGUGGAGCCCUGUCCAGAGUGUUGAGAAGAUCCUGCUCGCGAUCCGUGGGAUGUUUGUUCAUCCCUUUGAGGAGAACAUUGUCAACCCACAAGCUGAUGAAUUGUUGAAGGCGGACAAAGACAAGUUUGAGGAGACGGUCAAGCGGUCGGUCAGCAUGGUUGCUGCAUUGUAA